AUGGCGCUCUGGAUGACCUUGGUCAUUGCUCUCACCUGCUUUGGUGGUCUCGCCUCCCCGGGCCCUGUGCCUACCUUCACGGUCCUCAGGGAGCUGAUUGAGGAGCUGGACAACAUCACCCAGAAGGUGAGUGCAUCCCUCUGCAAUGGCAGCAUGGUGUGGCACGUCAACCUGACGGCUAACUGGAGCCUAACAGGCACACUGUCCUCCCUGCAGUCCUGUGCAGCCCUGGAAUCCCUGAUCAAUGUCUCUGACUGCCACGCCAUCCAAAAGACGCAGAGGAUGCUGAAAACACUGUGCCCCCACAAGCCUUCGGCCAGGCAGGUUCCCAGCCAGCUCGUCAGACACACCAAAAUCGAAGUGUCCCGAUUUGCCAAAGACCUGCUCCGACAUGCAAGGAAAAUCGUUCGCUAUGGAAAGUUCAACUGA